GAAUGGAUGGAUUUUUAAAAUCAGAUGAGAGACAAAGAUUAGCCAAAGAGAGACGAGAAGAAAGAGAAAAGUGUCUGGCUGCUCGGGAACAACAGAUCUUAGAGAAACAGAAAAGAGCCAAGCUUCAGUAUGAGAAACAAAUUGAGGAGCGAUGGAGAAAACUUGAGGAACAACGCCAACGAGAGGAUCAGAAGAGGGCAGCGGUGGAAGAGAAGAGGAAGCAGAAGCUCCGGGAAGAAGAGGAGCGCUUGGAAGCAAUGAUGCGCAGGUCCCUGGAGCGUACACAGCAGCUAGAGCUGAAGAAGAAGUGUUCAUGGGCAGGAUCACCAGCUUCAGGGCCUGGAGGACGUGAUGGUGAAUCAGAAAAUACCCCACCCCUUCCUCUAACUUUAGCAACCAGCACCCCCCCUUCGGACACAGGGACCACUACAGCUGCUGCCGAGUCCACCAACGCAUGUGACAAACUUUCAACAUCAACCAUGAAUUUGCCAAAGCAGACGGAGCCUCCUAUGAGUAAACACCUGUCUUCAUCCACCGUGGCAAUAUCUUAUUCCCCAGACCGAGUUCUUGGGAGUCCUCUCAAAUCUUCAUACAAGUCCUCUCCAACCCGGACCACUGAGAAAAAGAAGAAUAUACCUGUAUCUGGCAUGGGAGAUGUUGGGAAGGGAUCCAUGGCUGGAGGAGAAUCUUCACAGAUGGAGAAAAUGAAGAAGGGACGAGUGGCAACUUCUGUUUCAUCUGGAGGUCUUGGGUCCCCACUGAAAAGAUGCGAGCCUCCUGAAGAUAUUUCUAAGAGAUUGUCUUCUCCUGUAAAAUCCAAGAUAACUUCAAAAACAUAUCCACAGUCUCCAAAGACAGUGAAGCCCACAUACCUAGGGUCUCCUGUGAAAUAUUACUUCCCACCCAUUCCAAGUGAAGAAACAUUCAAGAAGAAGGCAGAGAAGGAAAAGAGUAAUAAGGAAAAGGAAGGUGGUCACCAGACCACUGUCCUACCUAGAGAAGAAACCCUAGAGAAGCACAUGGUUGACAAGUAUGCCACUGAGAAGUAUGUGACUGAUAAGCAUGCAACUGAGAAACAUUCUACCACCGGAGGGAAGGCUGAGCACAGUGCAGGAAAACCCACAGCAGGCACCACUGAUGCAGGGGAGGCUGCAAAGAUCCUCGCUGAAAAGAGACGUCAGGCUCGGCUACAGAAGGAACAAGAGGAGCAAGAACGACUGGAGAAGAAAGAACAAGAGAGGCUGGAAAAAGAGGAACUGAAAAGAAAGGCAGAAGAAGGGAGGCUGUACAUAGAAAUGGCCUAUAAACAAGAAGAGGAAAAGAAGCAGCGGGAGGAAGAAGAGAAAAGAAAGGCAGAAGAGAAGGCAAAAGAGAAGGCUGAGGAGGAGCUGUUGUCAAAAGAGAAGCAAGAAAAGGAAAAACAAGAAGAAGAAAAGAAGGAAAAAGCUAUCAUUGAAAAGCAGAAAGAAGCAGUAGAAGCAAAGGCACAGGAUGCUGCUAAACAGAUGCGUUUAGAAAGAGAACAGAUCAUGCUGCAGAUUGAGCAGGAACGCCUGGAGAGGAAGAAGAGAAUAGAUGAAAUCAUGAAGAGAACAAGGAAGAGUGAUGCGUCUCUAGAAGUGAAGAAGGAAGAACCCAAAGUAGAGAUUCAGCCUCUUCCAGAUGUCGAAAAUAAGACAAAACCAGUUGUCCCCGACAAAAUAGAAAUCAAUGUGUUGAACACCUGCCAGAAAGGAAAUGGCUCUGAGCGUCCUGCUCCAGAAACCUUUCCCCAAGACAUUUUCUCUAAUGCUCUUAAACCAGUUGGGGGACCUGUUCAUCUGGAUGUCUUUGAUGGGAAAUCAAACAGUCUGGAUGAUUCAACUGAAGAAGUUCAGUCUAUGGAUGUGAGUCCUGUUUCCAAAGAAGAGCUUAUCUCCAUCCCAGAAUUUUCACCAGUGAGUGAAAUGAUUCCUGGGAUGUCUCUGGACCAAAAUGGAACUGGUAAUGCCCGGGCACUUCAAGAUAUCUUAGAUUUCACUGGCCCUCCCGCAUUCCCCAAGAAAUCCAGUGAAAACCUCAGCCUUGAUGACUGUAACAAAAACCUCAUCGAAGGAUUUAACAGUCCUGGGCAAGAAACUACUCUGAACACCUUCUGUUGA